AACACUCUUCUUUCUGCACUUGUCUCAUAUUCACUCUCCACUCUGCUCUGCUUUUCCUCCCAAACUCAAACGCUCCAGUUUCUUUCAGGCUCUUACAAGCAGGAAAAAAAAAGAGAGAGAGAGCAUAUUUUACCCAUUUUGCAAAAAAGUUCUUCAUCUUUCCUUUCGACGUUGUCGUUUUACCUGCCUCAGAAACCUGGCUUGUUCGGCUCCUUCAUUUUUCUCCUCAUAAAAUAAAACAGAAAUAAAAAGAAUGAGUUCUCCAGACUCGAAGUCGGUGUUUCCUGAAAUCACCGAGGAGUCAUCAGUGCCUGAGCUGAUGGCGUUUGUGCGGUCGUCUUUUCGCCAAGAGGAUUUUCAUGAGGUGGAGAGGUUGCUGGUAGGUCGAGAGGAGAAGAUGGAGAUGGAGUUGAGAAAUCUGAAGAGGGACUAUGAGGAGAUGAAGAAAAAGUGUCAAUCGCUGGAGGCUCAGAAUUUGGAGCUUGAGGAGAAACUGAAGAAACGCAGGAUUAAAUGUCAGGAGUUGAGGCAGCAGCUGGUUAGCCUAGAAAUUGAGAAAAGCCUAGCUGAGGACAUGGUUACGCUGCGUGAUGCUCAGCUGAUGGGCUUGACUAGUAGAGUAUCCAAGUUGGAGGAGGCUGUUGCUCGGAUAUUGAGAGUUCCUGUCGCGAUCAUAAGGAGCGGUGCUCUUCUUGCUCAAGAAAGGACGCAAGUCCAGGUUUCAGCAAAUGGGGUGGGCCUUCCUGUUUAUGACGGUCAUAACAGGGGCAUGAAUAUAGAGAAUUUGCGGAACGGAAAUUUGAAGAACGGAGAUUUGCAGAACAGAAAUUUGCAGAACGGAAAUUUGCAGAAUGGAGCUGUCAAUCACGUGGGCAGUGAAAAUGGAGAAUUUCAUCUCGAGAAUUUGCACAAGGAAUUAGGCGUUAAUUUUGAGAAUCACCAGACUAUGGACUCUUUCCUGAAUAGUCAGCUACAGUUUGCUCGCAUCAUAAGUGGUACUCAAUUCCCUGACUUGCCGAAGGAAGAGACUGCAGCAAGUGACCAUGACAAUGCUGAGGCUUCUUCUGGUGCACAAUUAACUUUUGAUUGUGCUGAAGUUGAAAAUGUUGCUUCUGACAAAAAGGAGGAGAGUAAUGGAUCUCCAGACACAGUGUAGAAAAGAUUAUUGGCUGAUAGCUGAAGGGUAGUCAUGUUAUGCCGUGGAAUACCAGUGAUGGGAAGUCACUAUAUGAAGUUGUCAGAGGGAAAAUCUUGUAGCCUGCUGUUUUGUUUGUCCAGAUGGAGGAAGAUAAAGCUGCAUA